CAGGAAGUUCUUUUUUAUCUCGAUUCGUCGCCUGGUGACUACAGAAGCCAAAAUACAUAUUAUUGUGUUGCAGUGGACAGGCUUUUACCGUAUCUGCUCAGUCUUGCUCCGUGUGACCUCGUGUGGUAGCACAUGCCGAGUACCAUGGGUCGGAACACCAGCAGAACUAUCUCCCACAGUGUUCCCGUGGUGGUGGUGUGCCUUGCUGCUUUGCUUCUUAGCAAUGUCAUGAUCUACCUCUAUCUGGACUCUGUGAAUUACACAGAUGAGCAGCUCCUGUUCUCUCAUGUAGGCUGUGUGCCUCGACACUUCAAAAUGGCAACCAUGAAAAACUGCACCCCCUGGCUUCAGUGUUUACAGAUAAAAACAGAAGUGCGCAAGCUGAAGCUGAUUGGCCAGGGAGUUGUUAAGAAGGUCUAUCUGGCAGAGUGGAGGGGUCAGAAAGUGGCUCUGUCCAAACUAUCAUCUCUGGAUUACCAGGAGGAUUUUCUACAUGGAUUGUCCAUGUUACAGGCCCUGCAGGGCCCCCAGGUGGUGCAGUUGGUGGGAUUUUGCCUUGAAGCCCAUACCCUGGUCACAGAGCACCACCCACUUGGCUCACUACUUAACUUGGAUGGUAUUCUAGCACAAGAGCUGCACCAGCAGCACAACACAUGGCAGAUCCGUCUGAGGCUGGCUACGGAUUAUGUCUCCAUCCUCUAUUACCUUCAUAACAGCCCAGCUGGGCGACGGGUUAUGUGUGAUUCCAACAGCCUGGAGAAAACCCUCUCCCAGUUUCUGCUGACGAGUGACCUUCGCCUGGUAGUGAAUGAUCUGGAUGCGCUGCCUGAGGUGGACCCAUCCCGAGGCUUGUGGGUGAAAUGUGGCCACCGGGAGCUCACUGGAGACUUUGUAGCUCCAGAGCAGUUGUGGCCAUUCAGAAACAAAGGGGAGCCAUUUUUAGAUGAUCUCAUGCCAGCGUAUGAUGAGAGGACAGACAUCUGGAAGAUCCCAGAUGUGACAUGGUUCCUGAUGGGAAGGGUACCUGGAGGGGAUUUAGUCCACUUUCAUCUUUUUCAGAUCCAUGAGGAGUGUAAGAAAGAAGACCCCAAGCUGCGCCCUUCGGCUCUGGAUGUUUUAAAGGUGUACAAAUCCGUCUACAGCAGCAUGGUGCGGGACAAUGCUGGCCUUAGAGACAUGCUGUAGACUACAAUAAAAAUUCUAAAAUACUGUUUUUAUGGCUGACAGAGGAGAAACCUGCCUCUACAAAGGAGUGUUAUUCUGAAGAGCAGUAAAUUAUUGACUGUGCUGAUGGACAAAGGAUCAGCUUUAUUGCACAGCAGAAUAAUGAGAGAUGCUGCUAAACUGAAUUUGCUGUCAGGAGGGCGCUCCAGUGGCAACACUCCACAGACCACUUAUUGAGAAUUGCUGAUUCGACCCCAAAUUCACACACAAUAAUUAAGCAUAGGCCAUCAGUUAGGUGUCCUGACAGGCCACAUCCCCAACAAACUGCAGCCUAAACUAACCAGAUGAUCAAUUUCAGUAACAGUUAGGACACUUACGUACAGUAGCUUACCACAAGGCAAGUUUACAUCAUGAUCUCAAAAUCAAAUCAGCACCGGCCUGACCUGUAAUCAGGGAUGGAAAGAGUAAAAGAAUAAGUAAGAAUAAGUAAAAGUACUGUUACAUUAGAGAAAUGCUUGUGUACCAAGUUGGAUUUUAUUAUAGACAACAGAAUAGUAGAAAUAUUGAGUUUAAUGUUACUGUAGAGCUACCAGCUUUUAAGAAUUGGGACAUUCAUAAAAUUAUUACAGUGAAAUGUUAUUUUAAUGAUUGUAACUGAUAUGAAAUAAUAGCCUGUAUGAGACAUGCUUUAUAUGUGAAGAAGAAAAAUAACCCGUAUGUGCAUUCCCUAAAGAAAAUGUAUCUGAGAGCUAAAGGCUCCCAGCGGCUGCUCCUGCAGCCAUCUGCAGUGUAAAAUGUUACAAACUCAUUCAGCAAGGGAUUACUAUUUCCAAAACAGUAUUAAUAUUAGGCUACAGUUACUAAUACAAGUGACACUGUGUUACUGCGCACCAUUCUUGAUGUGACAGGUCAGCGGCCAAGUUAGCCAAGAAGCUAAAGAAAUAAUGAGUUUGUUCGAGUGGGUAGUGAAAGUAAUAUAGUAACGUAACAAGUAACGUAACUAGUUACUUUUAUCACCCAGUAAUAAGUAAAGUAAUAUUAUUACUUUUUUAUACACAGUAUAAUACUUAUUAAUACUUAUUACAAUUUCUGAGUAACUUGCCCAACACUGGUAAGGUUGAGGGGUUGUGAUGGUGCAGUGGAUAAUGAUGUGAUGGUGCAGGUGAAGGUGUGAGAGACCCAGGUUCGAAUUCACUGUGAGACACCAAUGUGUCCCUGAGCAAGACAUUUAACCCCUACUUGCUCCAGAGGCGUGCAACCUCUGACGUAUAGCAAUUGUAAGUCGCUUUGGAUAAAGGCGUCAGCUAAAUGAAUAAAUGUCAAUGGUAAUUGUUAAGGAGAUUUCCCUGGGCCGCUCCACUGUAGCUGGUGCAAUACACAACCAAGAUAAACUCGGAAACAGGCUGAAAAACACAUAAAACAUAAAUAGCGAUAUUGAAAAAAAUGUAAAAUAUCAAAAAGCUGAAUACAAGUUACUAGUUGAAGGUCAUGUGACCAUUUCUAAUGAUAGUACGUCGAACUAGUAACACUUCAAAGUGGAGAAGGUAUGAUGAGGAAUUGAACAUUCUGUCCAUUCAUUUGAAUGCGCAAAAUUUCCUUCAUUAUUUUGGCAAGUAUGAAUUAGAAAAGUAAUAGCAAUAUGUGACAGAUAAAUAAUAUCUAGAGAAAGAACUUUCUGAAGAAAUUGUGGUGUGAAUCAUAGCUGAAAUACAGAUCAAUAUUGAAAUGUAAAGGAUUUGUUAUUCAGUAUUGAACAUAUAAAGAAAUUAGGCAUCAUAUGAGCUGUGCACCGUGUUGCUCAUGCAUUCCUGUGUAGGGGGCUUUCACCUAGGCAUUUGAGAUCCAACUUCUCUAUGAGUUCAGCACAUGAACAAAACACACUCACUUGAUUGCGAGUAAUAUAUCUAAUUGAUUGUUACCAUUGUUUCUGGACCGAGCCUGUCGCAGGUAGAAAACAUUCAGUUCAUGAAUCCAUGAGUUUUAACCAUGAGUUUUAACUAAGAGAGAGGCAAAGAGGAGGAUGGGCACCUGAUUGUUCAUUGCAUCCAGUUUCAGCUGUGCUGAUUCAGCUGAUUGUGUUGCCUAAAAAGAAGGGCUUGUGGGAUUAUAACAGCUGGUUUGCUUCAGAAUUCUCCUUUAGAAGUAAAACAAAAGUCCCUCUUGCUCUUUAGGAGCUCAUCUUGGAAAACAAGAAAAACACUUUUUCUUAUCAAACUUUUACACAGACCCUGCACCUCAUCGACCCUUCCUACAUCCCUUUACUACCCUACCAUUGAAACACACACACACCCAUCUGGAUCAUUGUAUGAAUGUAGAAUAUGCAGCCUACAGCAAUGAUAUUCGGUGUCUAUGCUCUGACUUAAUCGCCCCAUAACUAUAAGAUGAAGAUCAUUCUUUCCCAAAUAAUAUUUUGUGCUGAACAGUCUCAAAAUGUCUGCUGUGAAAAAGGGCUCUUGCAUAGUCAUCAUAUUAGGAAAUUUAUUCCAAAGCAUUUGCUCAAACAGCCCUAUAAUGAAAAACAAAACUGCAAAAGGCAUAAUGGAUAGAAUCCCGUGGUGGUAGCUAAACAGAGUCACCUUAUUAAGGAACAAGUGUGCAGUGGCAGCUUGUGUUGCCACUUCUAACCGGAGAAUUAAAAUGAAAAUGAAUUUCAUGUACUUGUUAAUCUUUAAAAAAUCUUAAGCAUUCCUUUCAGAAUAAACAUCUUUAGUGAUCAUUUAAAUACACAGAAAUGGAAAAUAUUACACAAAUGUAUCUGUAGGGGAUACGAGUCUUGUGUUUUCAUAAUCAUUCAGUGCCACGUUUGUUCCUGUUAACAAAUGUUGGUCAUAUGAUGCUGGGUGAUGUUAAUAUUUUUACAUCAGAACUUAUCAAACUAUUUACAUUAUUCUACAUAGACUUCAAAUAGGCUCAGAAUAGCUUAAGACUGAUUGCAAUUUUAGGCCAUUCAGAAUCAAACAAAAAGGAAAAAUACAAUUGUCAAAAAAAGCCUUCAACAGUUUUCUGCAAUAUCUGAUUGUGUUUAUUACAGGUGAAUAAUGUGAACUGUUCCUCUUACAGUUGUCCUUUCAAAAAGCCAAAGUCCAGCUUAAGCUUGCAUUUUAUUAGCUAUGUUGGCCCUUAAAACAGUUAGGUCCUACUGUACACAGCACUCGUUUAUUUGGUGAUGAGGAUGUUUACUGAAGCAGUACUAUGAGACAGGAUGAAGAUGUAAUGAUGUCAUUAUGGAAUUGACUGUCAUACUCAGGGCAUGAAUCCUAAUGGUGGCGUGAAAUCACAAAUAGCUCCUGGACCUUAGCAAAACGCAAGUGUACCCAUUGUUGCUGGGUCUGCUUGUUUUCACUGUUCCUCACCUGCAUUGGAGCACGACAGUACUGCUGGUUGCAACAACAAACAAUGUGUAUGGAGCAGGACAACUAAUACUUUAUGUAGAAAAGAAAAGCGGUGGAGAAUGCUUGUUGGACAAUCAUGCACCCCCAGCACCUUGUUAGUAUAUGAAGAGAGGGGGGGCAUACAGAAGGAACUGGAAUCAGCAGUUAUAAACCAAAAGGUGGACCAGACGGUAGAGGGAAACAUUGAAAAGAUUAAACAAAAUUACAUGCGCGCUGGACACUAUUUGGGGCAAUCUACUGGAAGUGCCAUGGAUUCUUCAUCGGCAAUCAACAUCAAUGACAAUAUUAGUGCCUCUUUUUCCAUUGUGCCUUAUUGCUUUGCUUUUAUCAUUUAAGUGUAUACGCAAAAUUUCCCACUUUGUUAAAUACAGUGGAUAUACAAGAAAGAGCAUAGUACCAAAACCCCAGGUUACAGGUUAAGUGCUGCCUGUCCCACAGUAAGAAUUAAGUGGGUCCUGCAUUUUUCUGUCAUAUGUGAAACUUCCCAGUUUGUAAAAUGCAGUGGAAACAAAAGGAAGAACUGUGUACCAAAGAUUUCCAGGGAUCUAAAAAGUGUAGGUUUUGUAAAGCUCCAGGUUAUCGGUUCCUGCUGUGCAAAAGGGCUUCAAGUGUCUCUUGAACAAUUCUGUCUGAUCUAAUCAUUUAUUGGAUUCCUAUGUCUGCUGCUGCUACUGGUGGAGGCGUUCACCAUGCUGAAUGCUGAUGAAAGUUCUUUCACACAGAAUUUUACAUGUUCUUAUAACACUUCAUUCAUGCAUAACAAAAGGUUAUUCAGUACAUCAACAUAACAAGUAAACAAAGAAAGGUUUUUGUGUGUAUGAUUUCAUCACAAAUAAAAAAAUCAGGAUAUAGGGGAUGAGCAUUUCUCACAAAUGUCUGACAUUCAUAUAUGAUAGCAUUAACCAAACCAUUUCAGCGUAUUGGUGAUAAUGACCACUAAGCAGUAUCAGUAUGACUGAUAUAGUAUUCAUAAAUUAUGAUAUGCAUUCAUUACAAAAUCACUGUUGUCUACAUAUUAUUCUGUAUGAUGAAGUGAAAUAAUAAAUAGAAUAUUGUAGUAA